AUGGUUUUAUUUUUGGAUAGACGUGUCCCUGCUUUGUUCCUACUUUGGGGCUACUGCGUUUUUGCGGACACGGUCUUUUCGAACUUUACCCUGGACAACGAGGUCCACUCCAGUUUCAUCCACCGGCGGCUGAAGAGCCAGGAGCGCCGGGAGAUGCAGCGGGAAAUCCUCUCGAUCCUCGGGCUGCCGCACCGGCCACGGCCGCAUCUCCACGGGAAGCACAACGCGGCACCGAUGUUCAUGCUGGACCUGUACAACGCCAUGUCCACGGAGGGGAAAGAGGAUGGGUACUCCUACCCAUACAAACCCAUCUUCACCACCCAGGGGCCGCCGAUAGCCACUCUUCAGGACAACAACUUCCUAAACGACGCAGACAUGGUUAUGAGCUUUGUCAAUUUAGUGGAACGCGAUACCGAGUUCCUACCCGUCUGGCGGCACCACCGAGAGUUCCGUUUCGACCUAUCACGUAUUCCCGAGGGGGAGGCGGUCACCACCGCAGAGUUCCGCAUCUAUAAGGGCUUCAUCCACGAACGCUUUGACAAUGAAACCUUCCGCAUCAGUGUCUACCAGGUGCUGGAGGAACACAUUGACAGGGAGUCAGACCUGUUUCUGUUGGACUCGAGGGUCAUCUGGGCGGCUGAGGACGGCUGGCUGGUGUUUGACUUGACAGUGACCAGUAACCAAUGGGUCUUGAACCCUGGACACAACCUGGGCCUGCAGCUGGCUCUGGAGAGCACUGACGGUGUGAGUGUGAACCCGCGGUUGGCAGGGCUGAUCGGCCGCAGUGGUCCUCAGAAUAAACAGCCCUUCAUGGUGGCCUUCUUCAAAGCCACCGAGGUGCACCUGCGCAGCAUCCGCUCAGCAACAGGGGGCGCCAAACAACGCAACCCCAACCGCUCCAAAGGGGCCAACAAGGGCCAGGAGGCACUCCGAGUGGCCAACAUUGCAGAGAACAGCAGUGCUGAUCAGAAGCAGGCGUGUAAGAAACACGAGCUCUACGUCAGCUUCAGGGAUCUGGGGUGGCAGGACUGGAUCAUAGCUCCAGAAGGCUAUGCAGCGUACUACUGUGAGGGAGAGUGCGCAUUCCCUCUCAACUCCUAUAUGAACGCCACAAACCAUGCCAUCGUGCAGACACUAGUCCACCUAAUAAACCCCGACACCAUUCCUAAGCCCUGCUGUGCCCCCACCCAGCUCCACGCCAUCUCGGUGCUCUACUUUGACGACAGCUCCAACGUCAUCCUCAAGAAGUACCGCAACAUGGUGGUCAGAGCCUGUGGCUGCCAUUAGACUGCAGCCAACCUCUCAACACACACACACACACACACUCACGCAUACAUCUAAAUAUCCCUCAACGCAGGUCACUUUCAUCGAGACUCGAGACUUUCUUCCCCAGAUUCACCUGAAUGGACACAUGAACGGACUACAUUUCCCAGAGUGCCUUGCUGAGCUCCUGGACGGGAACUACAUGAGGACCGGGCAGACAAUCAUGCUUAUUGAGUUCAACCUGGAACACACACACAUACUUCCUGUGCUUUCUACUGUGUAUGAGACAUUUUAAACAGUGAUUGUAUAGUAAUACACAGUCAACAAUCUUUUGUUCAUUUAAAUGUGUUUUAUUGUAUUUCACUCUGUUUUUCUAGAUAUUUUUGAUUGUUUUUUUAUGACUGAAAGGCUAUAGGAACUGUGGAUGCUCUAUGGCCUCUUCAUGGACAAUACUGUGUAAAUAUUUUUUUAAACAAAGAGAAGUGUAUUUAUUUCCUGGUCUUGGGCAUGUUAAGGGUUUUUCUCCUGUGUCUACAUGCACAUGUACUGUAUUUUAUGCAGCUCUUUACCUUGGGUCCCACUCAUCAUACAGUACAGCACAAAGACACCUCUCUCUCUCUCUCUCUCUCGCUCUUUUCUCUCCCCUCUCUCU